CUGAGCGUGUCUCCCAAUGACUAGAAUGUCCCAGUUUUCAAAUCGACUCGGAAAUAUCAAACACUCGGCCUGUUUAGAUAUCUGAGACCUGCCCUGCUAUUGCAAUGGAGAGCUUUCUAAGGCGGAAGCUUGCCCAGGCCGGUGGCAAUGUAUUGGGUGGAUCGUCCCUUCAACAACCUGUCUCCUCUUACCAGUCUAUCAAAUUGCCAGAUCUGUGUUCUAGUUUCUAUUCAAUUGCAGAUGAACCUUUUCCCCAAGUGUCUGGAUUUCUUGAUGACACCGCCAGCCCGCCGAUUCUUUCAAAUGAAGCAGGAACUGUGUUGAAUUCCCCUGCUUGCACGCCAUCAGAAAAUCAAACAAAAAAUAAGGAUGAAGGCAUUUUAGCUCCAAGAAAAGAGGCUACCAAUGACUCUGGUCUUAAUUGCUCUCUUGGAGCGCACUGUCAGUUGGCAAAUGGAAGCACGUCUACUAGAUCACCACAGAAUGAGAAAGACAUUACCAGUGCAACAGCGGGCAAAGCAAAUGGGGACUGCAAUGAUGCCACGGUAUCCACUACAUCUUUAGAGAAAUCUGAAUUCAUGAGUGUUGAGUUGAAGAACAGCACAUUUGAUGUGACCCAAGACUCGAAAGAAUGGUCUGACGCUGGUAUUAAUGCGACUGUUGAUCUGCACAACAUCAGAGAGAAGAACAACACUUUUGAGUCUCAAGAGCCAGAGGAGUCGUCCAACCCUAGUCUUAAUUCAACAGUGGAUCUUGAUGUUCCUAAUAUAAAGACUGAGUCAGGAAACACCACUGUUGACCUGGUACAGUCACAUGACCCUAAAGAGGGACCUGACACUGGGGUUAAUGCAACUGUGGAUAUUCCUAAUCUAGACCGCGCACACUCUAAAACCAGUUCAUCUGUUGAUAACAAUGAACCAUUAAACACUACUACAGAACAGCCAAAUGAAAAACUUGAAGAAACUAAAGAUAUUCGGUCACAAGAAAAACUAGAUCGUAGUUUUAACUCUACUGAGGCUGAUAAAAUAAAAAACACAGAGGAAACUGAUUUAAAAGUCAAUGUAACUGUUGAUAUUGUGGAGCAAAUAGCCAGUGCUCCUCUUCAGCCCUCUGGUGAGGUUGAACAAUCGAGCUCAGCUACUAUAAAACCAGCUGAGACGACUAAACAUAAUACAACCACUGAUCUUACUCACCCAGAAGUUACAGUUUUGAAGGACACCACUGUUGAAAUUAAGCCCUCAAGCACAGAAUUAGCUGACCAGGUUAAUGAUGCUUCUAACUCUGUAGGUAUCACUAAACCAGCCUCUAACAGCAGAGAAACCGAAGUUGGGAUAAGCACCACAGAUUUUGUUUGCUCCGUAGAUGCUCCUGAUGAUGCUUCUGAGCUUAAAGCAGAGGAGCCUCACGAAAAAAAAACAUCAAGACUUGGCUUGGCGGAUGCUGAGUCCAUUCCCUCUUCUGAUGUGGGAAAUAUCAGCAGAAACAGUAUUUUUUGUUUGGAUGAUACACUGGAUAUGAAGACAAGCUUCCUGGUUACAUCCACACCUAUUGUUUUUGGAAAAGAAUCCAGAUUUGAGAUACUGAGAGACGUGAAGCCCACACCUAUGAGAAAGAGGCUGUGUGUGAUCAACAGCAUCGAGGCCCAGUCGAAUGAUGAGCUUGUUUGUGCUAGUAAUCAUGAUGGAACUGAUGCUGUGCAGGUGACUGAGCGCUCAAGCCAGAAUCAGAAAGUCACUCACAGUACAUCAGAACCAGCAAAUGAGAACAAACCUCCCACAAAACCUCCAAUCAAAAGACGGCUUCCUCAGCUUUCCUCUAAGCUGAGUUAUCCCAAAUCCAGUCUUCCUCCAAGGCCACAGUUGUCAAUAAACUCCUUAGUAGCGAUCAAACCAAAGACAAUCCAAGGGCCGCCAGCCCCGCAUCAGCCUGACACAUCACCCACCACACUGCUUGGCAGCAGGAAGACUGUACAGAUGAACAAGGGGAAGAACAUCGCACCUGUCAAGAGCGCAGCAUCAGCUAGCACUGUUAAGACCUCUAUGGUUUCUUCUGUCACUGGAUAUAACUUCACUGCUGUUGCAAAACCUUCAGGCUCUGCUAUACCACAAAUGAAACCAUCAGGACUACAGCCGCCAUCCCGUAAAAGACUGGCUCUCAAGACACCUCAGACUACACGAUCCUCUGUAGAAACCGUUCAGACUCGGCCUAGUAAUAAACCGUCAGGAUUACCAGGUAUGAGGACGAGGAAUUCACUGCUUCCCAGUGUGGGCCAAAAGCAUUUGAACAAUGAUGGUUUGCCUUCGGCAAAGAGAAAAAGAAUUGCACCCGCUCUGUCUACAGUAGAGAGUGAUGCUGUGCAUCCAGCUGAAGGAUCACAUGAAGCAGGUUGUGUUAAUUGCUUACAACACCAAGAAAAACUUGAGAGGGUCAUUCAAAAACUAAUGGGUUUGCGUUCAGAGUGUAAAAACUGGGGACCAUUGCACGAAAAACUUGAGAAGUGCGUAGGGGAACUGAAGAGAAUUUAAAGAAAAGAAGAGAAGUGACACGGAAAGUUUUAAUUUUCGAACAGUUGUAAAAUUUCUAUGCAGUUGAAUGCAUUU